AUGAAGAAUGUCUUAAAUGAGAGAAAGGAUUUAAUACCAAUAAUGAAAUACACUAUGUAUUAAAAUUUUUGUGAAAAUUUAAUUUUAUAGAAUGAUUAAUUGAAGAUUAGAUAAUUUAUUAUUGAUAAAUUUGUGAUGAUUGCUAGUUUAAGUGCCAUCAUAAUUGUUAACUGUGUAAUUAUGGCUAAUGUAUUAAAUGUUAAUAAUGGUUUUGAAUAAGAUUGUGGAGAUAGAUUAUUUGUAGUUACUGAAGUUUGUGGCUCAUUAUUUUCAUCGAUCAAUUAUAAUUUUUUUAACUUUAAUUAUCAUUUUGGAUAUGGCUGUCUGAUUUGCAAUAAAGGGAUCUGUGAAGUUUGCUAGCAAUGA